UUAUUAUUAUUUUAAACAGAUGCAGAAAGCGGAUAUGUGCUUAUCUCGAUAUUACGGAACAUAUUAAAUGUGCUCUGAUUGCAAACCAUAUGAAAUUACGAAUAUUUUUAAGCCAAAAAAAAAAUAUUUUGUGUGCUGCUUGAAUACUGUGAAUGUUAUACAAUUGUCAUUGCAGGCCUAAGAGAGCUAAGAGUAAAGAACGCAAAGGGUACUGUACAUUUGAACACAGUUUAGCUGAUGCAUGGUGCUUUUUUCCCCUCGUUAUACUAUAUUAGACGAACUGUAAUAAAUAAAAUAACAUUUUAUAUGUUUUGAAUAUUUGUAGACAUUUCAAGUGUAAUAGAUUGAUGCACUGAAGAGUAAUUUCAUUAAUAUUACAUUUAGUUCCUAGAAAAAAUAUCAUGUCCAUUCCAUUUUUUAAUAUGCCACUGAACUUUGCUAAUGUUUGUCGACUUUGUAUGCAAGAGAAGUCAACAUUACUUUCCCUCUUCAUUGACACCGAAGUUAGUGAUCAAGUUACACCUCUGCGCUGCAAAAUAAUGAGUCUGGCACCAGGUGUUAAGGUGGACGCAUAUGAUGGUCUUCCAACUCAUGUUUGUCGACAAUGUGUGAAUCAGGUUAAUGUAUCCUAUAAUUUUAAAAAACAAUGUGAAAUCUCUGAUGCUACUUUCCGGGAGUUGCUGAGAAAUCACAAAUCAGGUUCCCAGUCUUGUGAGGGAAAACAGAAUGAAUCACAAAAUUCUUUGAAUCCAGCAGAAGAUCCACCAGAAAUCUGGACAUAUGUAAAAGUGAAAGCUGAGCUGGCUGAUGAAAACGAUCCAGAAGGUGGAGUGGAACAAGAGUUUCCAGCUGCAAUUUGUUCAUUAACAGAACAAGAUCAUGAUUUGAAUUCAAGUACAAUGGAUGAAGCACCUCUCAGGCAAGGCACAGAUGAAGAUUCAAAAAACCUUGGGGAUAAUUUACAUUUAUUCAGUAAAAGUAUGUCAUAUACUAUGAAAUGUGACAGGGAGUUUUCAUCAGGUGAUGAUUCUCUUGGAUCCAAUUAUAGUACACAGAUGAAAUCCCAGAAUGCAAGAAAGAGAUUUGUAUGUCUUGAAUGUGGAAAGCACUUUGUACAAAAACAGCACCUUAUUUCACACAUGAGAACACAUACAGGGGAACGACCAUAUCAGUGUAAGGAAUGUGGCAAAACUUUUGCACAGACUGUACAUCUAAAAAAUCAUCAAAUUACUCAUACACAGUUGAAACCAUUUAGCUGUUCAGAAUGUGGCAAAUGUUUUGCUCAGAACAUACAUUUAAAGAACCAUCUUAGCACACAUACUGGAGAGAAGCCAUAUGGUUGUAAUUUAUGUGGUAAGACAUUUGCACAGAAUGUUCAUUUGAAAAAUCACCUUAGCACUCAUACAGGUGAAAAACCAUUCCGUUGUACAGAAUGUGGAAAAACAUUUUCACAAAAUAUACACCUUAAAAAUCAUUUGAGUACUCAUACUCAUGAAAAACCGUACGGUUGUACUGAAUGUGGCAGAACUUUUGCCCAAAAUAUACACUUGAAAAAUCAUCUUGCCACUCACACAGGCGAGAAGCCUUAUGGAUGUACGGAAUGUGGAAAGCAUUUUGCUCGCAGUGGUCAGUUGAAGGAACACAUGAAGCUUCAUUUGGGCUUGAAACCUUUUGCAUGUGUUGAGUGUGGGAAGAAAUUUGCGCAGAACAUUCAUAUGAAAAAUCAUUUAGCAACACAUGCAUCACGGAAUACACAAAAAGAACAAACUGUGGAAAGGAAGUAUUUGUUAACGUUUCUUAUUAUGGCGUUAAACUGUAACAGUAUCUGUCGGCUUUGCAUGGGGAGGAACGAUUCGUUAUUGCCCCUCUUCAGUGAUAGGAAGGGCGAAGUCAUUUCUCUUACAGCAAAAAUUAUGAAUUUCGUUCCAAGCGUGAAGCUCCUUUCUGGUGAUGGCUUACCAGCCCAAGUAUGUCGGCGGUGUGUACGGCUAGUGAACAUGUCAUACAAAUUCAAACAACAAUGUGAAAGUUCAGAUACAGCAUUGCGCCAGUAUUUAAGAAGUCAGCCAUAUACUGGAAAUUCUGAUGAAAUACUGCAUUCUGUGUUCCAAACUGACAAUAAUGAAGAAUGCUGGAAGGUGGAAAUUGUAAAAAAUGAAGUUUUAGAGGAGGAUGUUUCACUAGGUGAACCUGCCGGACAUAGUGACAGCAGUGAUGACCAAAGAUUUCCAGAAGAAGGCGGUAAUGGUGACCAAAAUGAACUGAAAACUUCACAAGCUGGACCUUCCACUGUAGAGAAUGAAGGCUAUAGUAAGAAGCUAAAGAAAGCAAAUAUUAUAUCAAGAAAGGAUGUAAAGGAAAAGAAAACUGGAAAGAAAUGGGAAUCUUGUGAUUUUUUUAAUAAUGGAAGUGAUGUUAAAGCUGAAAAUGACAAAACAAAUGAAUCUGAAGAAUUUGCCUCUGUAACACAUCCAGGAACAAGUGAUAAUGAUGAAUUAAUAAAUGAUGUAAAAAUCGAACCUUUUAUUAAAUUAGAAGUGAAAGUACCAAAAGUGAAAGAAAAGAAAAGUUUUCUGUGUCAUGACUGUGGAAAGAACUUCGCACGUAAGCAACAUCUGUUACUACAUUUGAGAACUCACACAGGAGAGAAACCAUUCUCAUGUAAAGUUUGUGGUGAAAGUUUUGGUAUGAGUAGUAAUUUGAACAAACACUCGAGAAUCCAUACUGGAGAGAGGCCGUUUCUAUGUACAAUGUGUGGUAAAUGCUUUGGCAGGAGUGAUACACUAACUAAGCACAUGAGAUGUCAUACGGGGGAGAAACCAUUUCACUGUAAUAUGUGUGGCAAUAAUUUCGGACGUAGUAGUACAUUAAUCAACCACAGGCGUACUCAUUUUGGGGAAAAACCAUAUUUAUGUACUGAAUGUGGUAGAAGAUUUGUGCAGAGCUAUGAUCUAACAAAGCAUAUGAGAGCACAUACCGGAGAGAAGCCUUAUCGAUGUACGGUUUGUCAUAUGAGUUUUGGACAGAAACAUAGUUUGAAUAAGCACAUGAGAAGUCAUACAGGUGAAAUUCCAUUUGCACCUAUAGAAUUCCAGAGAACAAUGCCUUAUGUUCAUUACAGACCAGCUGUGGCAGAUUUGUCAAUGGAGAGGAAUACAGUAUUAACUGGAGGUGGACCCCAGAUUCAGUGAAGACCAUGAGUACAUAUGAAUUUGUUCCUAUUCACAGAAAUGUAUUUGUUACAUUUGUAUUACUCAUUUUGCCUGUGUGGUAAAUCUGGUACUGCAGAACCAACAUUUGAAAUGUGCUCUAAAUAUUUUACUCACAGGUACAUACAUUCAACACUGAAGCUUAAUAAUGGCUAAUUUUUGAAGUCACUGGCUAAGUUUACUAGUGCAAAGUCCUGAAUGUAAUCUGCUUUUUGGGGAUUUAUACACGAUGAACCAUUCAGCUGAAAGUGCUUGAAAACAAUUUUGGAAUUCCAACUUUUAACGUAAUAUAGCUUUAAUUGUACAGGGUGGGGCGCAGAAACUUCCUUUUUGUGAAGACACAUUGUGAAGGGAGGGGACGUCGCAGAAAA